AUGUGCCUUAUUUGUAUGUGGCUUUUAGCACAGGCCAUAUGGCUCUCUCUGGCCUACAUGUUUGAAUUCAAAGGGGAGAACACGUAUUUCCGAUUGUGGCUUGCAUCUUUGUUCUUUUUGGUUGUCAACGCUGUUAUUAUUGUGCAGCUUAUCCAGCAUCACGUCUCCGCCUUGGAAACCGAUCAAAAGAAGGAAAUUUGA